CUGCUGUGGCGGAGUCCGCGGGGCUGAGGCGGGUGGGAGCCGAAGCCGAGCGCGGGCUGAGGGAGGAGGGCGGCGACUGGAGAGCUGCGAGCGAGCGGCGUGGGACCCGGAGCCUUUUUCACUUUUUCCCUCCCGAGUGCCCCCUCCCAACCCUCCCACUCCACACCACCCUGUUUGCCCGUGAGCCUGGGGAACUUGCAGCUUAAAGCCAGCCACCCCCACGGCAACAUGUACCCCAGCAACAAGAAGAAAAAGGUGUGGAGAGAGGAGAAAGAACGCUUACUGAAGAUGACCCUAGAGGAAAGACGCAAAGAAUACAUAAGGGACUAUGUUCCCCUGAACACUAUUCUAUCGUGGAAGGAGGAAGUGAAGGGCAAGAGCCAAAAUAAUGAAGAAAAUACUCAGGAAACAUCACAGGUGAAGAAAAAUUUGAGUGAAAAAGUUUCUCUCUAUAGAGGUGACAUCACAUUGCUAGAGGUAGAUGCUAUAGUCAAUGCGGCAAAUGCCAGUCUCCUUGGAGGAGGAGGUGUGGAUGGCUGCAUUCACAGAGCGGCUGGCCCCUGUUUGCUAGCUGAAUGUCGUACCCUGAACGGCUGUGAUACUGGGCAUGCGAAAAUCACAUGUGGCUAUGACCUGCCUGCAAAAUAUGUCAUCCAUACUGUAGGGCCAAUAGCAAGAGGCCAUAUUAAUGGUUCCCACAAGGAAGACCUUGCAAAUUGCUAUAAAUCAUCUCUGAAGCUGGUGAAAGAAAAUAACAUCCGAUCAGUUGCAUUUCCCUGCAUUUCAACAGGCAUUUAUGGUUUCCCGAACGAGCCUGCUGCAGUGAUUGCCCUCAGCACCAUUAAGGAAUGGCUGGCCAAGAAUCACCACGAGGUGGAUCGAAUCAUCUUCUGUGUCUUCUUAGAAGUUGACUUCAAAAUCUACAAAAAGAAAAUGAGCGACUUUUUCCCUGUAGGUGAUAAUGAAGGAGAAGAUGUUGACAUGAAAGAAGAUUCAGAAGGAGUAGAGCCAAAAGUCCUCUCUCCACCCCACAAGAAGAGCAAAGCCAAGAAGCCAGAAAGUUCCAAAGACUCUAGCGAGGAUGAGAACGGUCCAGAGGAAAAGCAAAGCGCGGAAGAAAUGGAAGGGCCGAGCCAAGAAGCAGAUGGCGUCAGUGCUGCUACUGUGCACAGCCCUGCUUCAGAAGAGGCCGCUGAAGUCUGUAAAGACGAAGAUUCUGCAAAAGAUGACAAUAUUGCAAAAGACAGUGAAGUAACAGAUCAUUCAGUGUGUGACCAAGAUCAUCCCAAUGGCCAAGAGAAUGAUUCAGUGAAAAAUGAGAUAAAAAUUGAGGAAGAGUCACAGAGCUCAUACAUGGAAACAGAAGAGCUUUCAUCAAACCAAGAAGAUAUCACGAUUGUGGACCAACCAGAAGUGGUCCCACUAACAGAUGCCCAAGAAGAAAAAGAAGGUGAAAAAGGUGAGGACACGCUAAGAGUUCCUGUAAAAAGCGAAGGCUCCUGUGACACAGAAAACUCCGCAAGUCCUGAUGUUGAAAUGAAUAGUCAGGUUGACAGUGUAAAUGACCCAACAGAGAGUCAGCAAGAAGAUUAACUAAUAGGGGCACAAGAUGAAGCAAAGGAACAAAGAAAUGGAAGUAGAUGCCAGUCCUCAGCCUUG